AUGAAGAACACUCUCCAAUUCCUUGCAUCGGUUCUGCCGCUCGUUGCAGCAUACCCUGCUGUCCUUGAGGAGGUGCAAAAGCGCCAGAUCAUCUACCCGACUGUCCCACCGCCGAAGUUCACAACUAAUCGUGACAACUGUGGUUCGCACGGCAAAUGCACAGUGUUCGAUGCCCAGGAUCAGUUCGUUGAUGUCCGACCUGGCAGUGGCCACGAGUUCAAGUCUCCAGGCCCAUCCGACCUGAGAGGACAAUGUCCUGGUCUGAAUGCUGCAGCCAACCACGCCUUCCUUCCACGAAAUGGAAUUGCUUCGAUCCAGCAGACCAUCGACGGACUUGGAGCUGCAUACAGCAUGUCCACAGAUCUUUCAUUGAUUUUGGCCGUCAUCUCUGUCGGCAUCUCUGGAGACCCAGUCACCGGCACAUGGUCCAUCGGUGGCGGCUACAACGGCGCACUUGGUCUGCUGGGCAAGCCCACUGGUAUCUUAGGCACACACAACCGUUAUGAAGGCGAUGCUUCGAUCGUCAGGGGUGAUGCGUACAUGCACGACGGCUUCGUCGGUUUCUUCGAGAUGCACAAAUGGGAGCACCUGUACAGCUUGCUGGGAGACGACGGACUCACGCACGACAAGGCUGCUGCACAGGCCUACUACACUGCGGAAUACUCGAUCCUCAACAACCCAUACUACUUCUCCGCCCCCUUCUCCGGUCUCGUCGCCCCAGACGCCCACAACUUCGUCGUCCACUUCAUGAGCAACCGAUCCGAAGCGAAGAUGGGCGGUGUCCUCGACGGCGAGACUCUCAAAUCCUUCUUCUCCGUCACUGGCGAGCCAGGAAACUUCGUGCACACGCCAGGUCAAGAGCGCAUUCCUUUGAACUGGUACAAGCGCCCAACAUCCCAGCCCAUGAACACCGUCGACACCAACGUCGACACCGUCGUCAAUGACGGCAUGUACCCAGGCAUCAUCCGCUUUGGUGGCAACACCGGCACGGCCAACAGCUUCGUCGGUGUUGAUACUGGUGAUCUUACCGGCGGCGUCUUCAACGGUGCUUCUCUGUUUGAAGGCAACAACCUCUCCUGCUUCCUCCUUCAAGCCUCCCAAGCCGGUCUCGCCGAUCCAGCGACACCACUUCUCCAGCCCAUCGGCCAGAUUCCAAGUUUCUUGACAAAGAACCUUGGACCACAGAUCAGCGCUCUUGGAUGCCCGCAGCUUGGUGCCUUCAGGAAUGAGUUGUUUGGUCAGUACCCCGGUGCGUCUUACAAGGCGCAGGGCCAGUAA